UCAAUAAUUUUUCGUUCGCUUCAGAGUAUCCACUGCGUCUGCCGGUCUACAUCUCCCGCCAAAAUCUCUACCCUUCGGCUCCAUAAAUAUUCGAACCUCUUCAACGGAGCUCGUCCGUAAAAUGGCUUCGUCCCCUUCCCAAGCCCUAGCAGAAAUCUUGCAGCCAGCCAAGCGUCUCCGAUCUCUCCCACCGUCACGCGAAACCCUAGUCCCCAGUUCAUGCAUCUCCACUCACAGUAACCCCUCUGUCGGCAAUGGCGGCUCAGACGAGCUUAAACCAGAAUCACCCUCCAUUCUGACCGAUGAACAGCGAAGAAGAGUUGAGUUCAAUAAAUAUUUGGCGAGAUCGAAAAGAAAUGCUAGGGUCUGCGUCGAGAGAAUUGAGAGCGCGAAAGCCAAAGGGAUGGAAUAUGCGAAGUUGGAGGAGCUUCUAGUGGAGGAGACGUGGCUUGAAGCUCUUCCAGGGGAGCUUCAAAAUCCCUAUUGGAAGAAUCUUUGUAGGUUCGUGGAGAGCGAACUACGGGGGAUGGUUCCAAUAUAUCCUCCGCCACACCUUAUAUUCAAUGCCCUAAAUUCUACUCCGUUUGAUAGGGUGAAGGCUGUGAUCAUUGGACAGGAUCCUUAUCAUGGACCUGGUCAAGCUAUGGGCCUCGCUUUCUCAGUGCCAGAGGGCAUCAAGCCUCCAUCAAGCUUAAUCAAUAUUUUUAAGGAACUUCAAAAGGAUGUUGGCUGUUCCAUUCCCUUACAUGGAAAUCUGGAAAGAUGGGCAGUGCAGGGCGUUCUUCUUCUCAAUACUGUCCUUACUGUUAGAAAACAUCAAGCUAAUUCUCAUGCCACAAAAGGGUGGGAACCAUUUACUGAUGCUGUUAUUCGAACAAUAUCACAGAAUAAAAGAGGCAUUGUUUUUAUUCUCUGGGGUAAUUCAGCUCAAGGGAAGUCCAAACUGAUAGAUGCUACAAAGCACCAUAUCCUUAAAGCAGCUCAUCCGUCAGGACUUUCUGCUAAUAGAGGCUUUUUUGGAUGCAGGCAUUUUUCCAAGACAAAUGAGAUGCUUGAGAGGCUAGGCCUUUCUCCAAUAGAUUGGCAACUUUAAAACCAACGUCUAAUGACAAUGAGAAGCCACAAAUCUAGUAUACCUUAGUGGCAAGUCAUUUCUGACCCUUUUGCUCGUAAAAUAGGAAAUGCCUGCUAUUUAAGUGGCCAAAUUUUGGACUGACGUAUCUAACCCAAAUGCAGCUUGUCCAACUCCUAGUACUUAAAAAUGUUGCCAGUUUGCUCCUUGGUGGGAAGUUUUGUAUACAUACGUAUGGGUUUUUUAUUAACUGAUCGAUGCAGUGGAAAAUGUAACGAACCCACUGUUUUUCAUAGCCGCUUUUUGAGGGCUAGGAAGACUUGGCCAUCUUAGCUGCUAAGUGUUAUGUUUAUGGCGAAAUGUUAAGAAACCUCAACUUUUAUUUGAUUUGUUAUUUUAUAAUUGCCAUAUUACUCAGGA